GUAAACAGACGAGAGUUCAGAGGACAGACUGCAAAACAGAUUUGCAAGUUACUAAUGAAGGAAUUUUUUUUUUUUUUUUUAGCAAGGAUCAAAAGAUAGAAAAUAAACAAGAAGGCGAGGAGAGCCUUUUUAAAAUUGCCUUGAAAAAAUAUUGCCAUUGGUUUUAUGUACAGAAACAAACGAUUUUGUUUUCUGCACCAUGACAAUUGUUGCAGUUCCCCGAGUGCUCUUUCUCCUUGUUCUCCUUCAUAUGUCUUCAGAAAACAAAAUCCAGUCCAUGACAGGAAUACGGGGACGGGGCCUUGCUGUGGUUAAUAACACCCUAUCGGAAAAGCACAAGGAGCAGAUACAAAGCAACAUCACUGUACUACUGGUACCUCUUGUCUGUCUCCUGGCCUUCCUCAUUGGGCUUCCUGCCAACUUGCUUGCCCUCUGGGUGCUGCUCUUCCAUACCACAAAGCUCCCUUCCACCAUUCUGCUGAUCAAUCUGACAUUCUGUGAUCUUCUGUUACUUCUGGUGCUGCCCUUCCGUAUUGUCUAUCACUUCAGUGGCAACAACUGGACUUUUGGGGAACCAUUCUGUCGCAUUGUGAUUGGACUCUUCUAUGGAAACAUGUAUGGCUCAGUGGUGUGUCUGUCACUGAUCGCUAUGGAUCGCUAUGUUGCUCUGGUCCACCCUUUUGGUGCCAAGAUUCUUCGUAGUAAGAAGAAUUCUGUCCUCAUGAGUGUAUUGGUUUGGAUUGUGAUUACAGCUGCAGCUCUGCCCUUGUUAGUCUCAAAACAGUCUUAUCAGAUAGAAAACAUUCAUAUAAUCACCUGCCAUGAUGCACUUCCUCCAGAGGAACAGCAGAAAUACUUCCUGCCUUACUUUGUUACCCUGUUCUCUAUCUGCUUCCUGCUUCCACUGCUGGUUGUGUUGUUCUGCUAUGGUGCUGUCUUACGCACUCUUUUGGCUGAAGGUCAGCGUUAUGCACAUGCAGUGAAAGUGACUGUGCUGAUGUUGGUUGUUUUUGUGGUUUGCUUGUUGCCAAGCAAUGUUCUCCUGUUGUUGCAUUACUCAAAGUCAGACUUUGUCAAUAAUCACCUCUAUAUGCCUUACUUGAUCAGUCUGUCUUUCAGCACCUUCAACAGCUGCAUUGAUCCCUUUAUCUUUUAUUAUGUAUCUGAGGAUUUUAGGAAGAGGGUGCCAAAAGCACUGAGCUGUUCUGGAUCAGAUUCAGAUUCCUCCUCAGAAACAUCUAGGUCAAAGAGCACCUUGUUAUCGAAGUUAAGUAGGACUGAAAUACCUUUAAAUGGAGGAGCAGCUUGAUUGUGAGUUUCUAUGAGAAGUGUGGAAAUAAAACUUCAAAAGUAGACAUUGGUUUAAAGAAUUUCCAAAAAUCUAGGCAACAAAUUGUGCAAUAUAUCAAAAUGUCAAAAAAAUUUACUAUAAACUAAGAACUGAAUAUAUUUAAUGGAAUGCAGUGGAAGGUAAGAUGUAACGUUACUGUAAUACAUUUCAACAAAUGUAAAACUGACAAAAUAUACAGUACUAUUGACCUGUUUCAUGUGAGGUGCUGUAUGACUAUGCGGCAUGUUUGUGAACAAAAUUCCAUAUACGUUCAGUGAGCUGCACUGUGGGAUGCAACAACAUUUUUGUUUUUAUUUAAAAAUCUUAAAAAAUGUAUACUGCUUUAUACUUACC